CUCUACGGAAUGAGUCUCCGGUGCUAGAAAAUAUGCUCCGUGUAUGUUUAUCUAUCUGCUUUCGCUCUGUGUCGCACGUCAUAGGACAUACGUGAAUGCACAUUUACGUGGAUAGCUCUAGCAACUCCCACUUGGAGCUUUAAUGACAGACAUCGUAGAAUAGACAUGAUUAUGAAUUGCACAUUGCAUCUCUUCUGUAAAUAAUCUCCGCAAGUCGUCGCAAUGGUUCGUAGCCCAGUAGAAGCAUCAACGUCAUCUCACGGAGCUGUCCUCACAAAGUCCGAGACCAAGCUCAUCCCAGGCUACCACACACCUACACCUCAACACCCAACAUGACGACAACCAACACACCCCUGAGCUCUGAAAAAGUAAAGACGCGCAUCCUCAUAAUCUCAGACACCCACACUGCAUCGCUCUUCCCCUCAGACACCCACGAUGUCCCCUUCCGAGAGCCUCUACCCAAGGCAGACGUGCUCCUCCACUGCGGGGACAUGACCAUGAUAGGACAUCUAUGGGAGUACGAGCGGACGCUAGAAUUACUGUCGUCCAUCGACGCAGAGCUCAAGCUCGUCAUCGCGGGCAACCACGACAUCAGCCUGGACGAAGUGUACUACCAGAGAAAAGGGCAGUACAUGCAGAUGUUGAAGGAAGCUGAUGAUUCCAUCCCCGCGCGCGCCAGGGAACUGAUGACGGGUGCGCGUGCGAGGGAAGCCGGGAUAAGGUAUCUUGACGAAGGGACUCAUGAAUUUGUGCUGAAGAACGGCGCGAAACUGAGAGUCUACGCCUCACCAUACCAACCAGAGUUCUGCGACUUUGCAUUCCCGUACUUCCGGAAUGAGGACCGCUACAACCCCCUCCACAAGAGCACCCCCAACUCCACCCACAUCGCCGUCAACCCCGUGCCUGACUUCCCCGCCAUCGAUGUGAUGAUGACGCACGGCCCGCCCAUGGGGAUCCGAGAUAUGACGUCCCGGAAUGAGGUCGUCGGUUGCGAGCAUCUGCUCCGCGCGGCGCGCAGGUGCAAACCGCGGUUGCAUUGCUUCGGGCACAUUCACGAGGGGUGGGGUGCAGAGAGGGUGCGGUGGGCAGAGGGAGAGGGGAUUGACGCGAAGUGGGAGGAUCACGUGGAGGGUAGUGAAUUGAUCGAGUUUGAAGGGGAGCGGCUGCGACAGGAUCGGGCAGCGGUGGUAGAUGUCAGUGGAUCUGGCGGGGACGAGUUGGCGUUCGGUCGCGAGACGCUGAUGGUGAAUGCGAGCAUCAUGACAUUGAGGUAUCAACCCCAGCAGGCACCAUUUCUUGUGGACUUGGACCUAGAAAAGGCUUGAUGGAAUCAUUCGUAUCCGUGAAUAGGAUAUGGAUCGCUUAGAGUAUUUACAAAUGAAGGAGAAGAGAACAGGACACCGGGUAUAAUGCAAUCUGCGCCCAUCGAAACAAACGUGAUGGGAUCGUAGUACUUCAAUCCAGUCGUGCGUAGCCAGAGCCCUGCACGUCGCGACCCUUGGACCCGACGAAACUCUCCCGCUCGAGCGCCAUCAUCUUCUUCGCCUUGUUCUUCCUCCGGCGUCUCAGCGGCCUCUUGAGCCUCGCGAUCGCCCGCACCACCUGCCAGGUGUGGCUAUUGCGCUUCUGCGGCUUGUCCCUGCCGAGCUUAUGGUCCUCGACGAAUGUAUCGAAGGUGAGGUCUCGAUUGCAGGAUUUCGUCUUGCCGUCUGUGGGGUCGAUCUCGUUGCGGAGAUGCGUGCUGCGGAAUCUGUCUC